AUGAACUCUUCAUUUCUUCUUCUUUCUAUUCUCUUCUUUCUACCCACAAUUAUUCAAUCUUGUGGUUUCGGAUUUGGUGGAUAUGGCGGUGGAUUAGGCAUGGGCUGUGGCGGAGGAUACGGAGGAGGCUUUUUUGGAGGAAGUUAUGGUUUAGGUUACGGUGGAUACGGUGGUUUUGGAGGAUAUGGAAUGGGUGGAUACGGUCUCGGAUACGGUGGAUAUGGAAUGUUUGGCGGAGGAUACGGUGGAUGUGGUUACUCAAUGAUGGGUGGAUGUUUUGGAAAGAAGAAAAAAUAA